UUUACGUUGUGUAAUGAUGUAGAGACAGCAUGUGAAGCAACAUGUGGCCCUUGACUGCUUGAUGUUUCUUACUGUUUACCGCUGUUUCAAAAUUUGGGGAAGAUUGAAUGUUUGUGUGUUAAAUGCUCAUUGGAAACACUGUUCAGUCUACAGAGUUAAGGAGUCAUUUAUUGAGCAUAUUGGUAUCGCUGAUAUUGUGUAGAAUAUACUCAGAAGAUUCCAUGGUGAAUUUGGAAAAGGUUCGGCUCACCAGGCAGGAAUAUUCUCCUGUUCAGGGUUCAUCUGAUGACUUGAAGGAUGACUAUCUGAGCACUGAGUUUGAGGAAGAACAUGGGGCCAGAGGGGCAGCUUUUCACUGCCAUACCAGUAGAACUGCAGUGGCCCAAAGCCAUGAGAAACUACAUGCUCGGAGAAAACUGCUAAUCACAUCUGUUGUCUGUUUGGUCUUCAUGAUUGGAGAAGUUAUUGGUGGAUAUGCUGCUCACAGUCUUGCUGUAAUGACUGAUGCAGCUCAUCUUCUGACUGACUUUGGCAGCAUCCUGAUCAGCCUCUUCUCUCUGUGGAUCUCCUCAAAACCUGCCUCCAAAAGCCUGACAUACGGGUGGCAUCGGUCAGAGGUUCUUGGUGGUCUUUUGUCAGUGCUGUCCAUAUGGGCUGUGACCACUGUGCUGGUAUUCAUGGCCAUCCAGAGGAUCAUCCAAAAUGACUACGAGAUACACAGCGGUGUCAUGCUCAUCACCUCUGGCUGUGCUGUGGUAGUAAAUAUCUUAAUGGCUCUUAUUCUCCAUCAGUCUCCACUGUCUCACAGUCAUUGCCAUAACCAUGGCAACACCAGCGUGAGGGCCGCUUUCAUCCAUGUGCUGGGAGAUUUGCUACAGAGCCUGGGUGUUCUGCUAGCUGCCACAAUCAUAUAUUUUCAGCCUGAAUGGAAAAUAGCAGAUCCUGUUUGUACCUUUCUGUUUUCUAUAUGUGUUCUUGCAACAACAUCUACAAUUCUCAAAGACAUAUUCAAAGUACUUAUGGAGGGAACACCACAUGGAGUAGACUAUGAUGCUGUGAAAGAAGCCCUGCUAUCAGUUAGAGGAGUCAAAGCUACUCACAGUCUUCACAUUUGGGCGCUGACCAUGAGUCAGCCUCAGAUAGCUGUCCACGCUGUCAUAGAUGAGCAGACCAAUCCGCAGUUUGUUCUUAUGGACAUGACAAAGCUGCUCCAGUCAGAAUUUGGCCUCCAUAACGUCACUGUCCAAAUAGAGACAUAUUCAGAUGAUGCUGCUUACUGUGACCAGUGCCAAGAACCAAUGGACUGAGAUACUGGAGCCUUGAAGAAGACAUACUUCUACAUUUUAAUGAAGAAUCUCAGACACUGUGGUUAUGUGGACAGUUUUAAAUUUAAUGUUGGGUCUCAUAUGUUUGAAGCACAGGGUGAGUGUGUCCAGGGUGGAAGGUGACUGUCUGGCCCUUUACAGACCCUACUUUGAUUGCAGCUGUUCCCUCUGCAUUGCCUACUCCUGUCAGAUCUGAAAAAGUAUAAGCUCUCCCUUAAAUCAUCGUUGUCCCCCCACAACAGAGCAGCCAGCUGAGGUCAACCUGUCUUAUUUACACCAUUAGUCACUUUCUCCU